UAAAUAGUUCUCCGUGCAUUUGAUCUCUAAUAUGAUAGCAAUGUGAAGUAUUUAAAUUCAGUUCAGUUAGUGAUUGUAUUAUGAAUUAGCAGUUCUCCCUAAAGCUUUCUGUACGACAGUGUUAACACCAGCUAAUGUUAUGUUGAUGGUUAACAGUUCCGUGUCAUGAUGUGAAUCACAUUGCGACGUGUGGCUGCACUUGGCGAUUUUGACAUGAAAACACGUCUAUGUGAGAAUAAUGCAAAUAUGCACUUCAGUUUGUUGGACUCUCUUGAUUUGGACACAGACAGCUUGGUCCAGGAAAAGGCCUAUCAGUUGGAGCUUCAGACGCGUAUUGGCAAUAACAUAAAUAUUCAAAAAAAUGGUUCAGAUCCCAAUUUGAAGCGAGAUCGUUUAAUUUACGACAGUCUGGAGGUGACACCUGACGUGGACGGCCAAACUACAAGGACAGACGAGGAAGAAGUGACAAGUGAUGACAGUGACGAGUAUGCAGACCUACGCUACAACCCUGACUGGAGGAGGAAUUUUGAGGAGGCGCGUCUGUUUCACAAGCUGCGGACACGGCUCUCCUUGGAGCAUGGUGUCCAUGAUGGCACUAAGGGCUCCGAUGAAAGCCUUGGGCAACUCCAGAGCCUGACCAGGAGGAGAAGUCGUGAAAACGUCAACGCUAUCGGUCACAGGGUUGUACGAUUUGGUGGAUCCACGGAGGCCCACGUCACCGUAGAGAAGCUUAGUGGCGUCCAGGCUGAUCUCCCCGCAUCCUCCUUCCACCUGCAUCCCCCAGAACAUCAGGUAGCAGUCAACUCCUCCUCAGCGACAUCCAGUCAAACACUGUCCCCACCUGCGUCAGUGGCGACAGGCGGAGGAGGUCACUCAAAUCGCACCCUGAAAGAGUCCCGUAUACCCAAGCCACAAAGGCAUCAGCAUCACAGAGCAACCCUCGAGGGACAUGACUUAACAGGUGAACCCCCAGAUCAAGGGGAAGAAGGCACUCGCCGAGUCAAAGACCAUCAAGGGGCCUUUCCUCUCGGUCAGAAGAGUCACUCACACAGGCGGUCAAACGCAAGGGCAGCCAAACCAAGGACGGACAAGGUGGAACUGAACAAGGUGACGCUGGGUGUGAACCGAUCCAAGCAGGGGUCAUACCUGAGAAGGCAUGGAAAGGGGAGUGACCAGCCGGAGCGAACAGAUGAGGCACAGGAGUCGGAGGAAGAUUCCAGCACAGACCGACGGGAGGACGAGGGGAGUUUGGAUUCCGAGCACCUGUGGCUUCAGAGGACCCAGAGGCUGAAGGUCAGUCAGGGCCAGGAAGAGAGGAGACCUCAGCCGAAGGGGAGACGUGGCAAACCUGCCGUGCAGAACCGGCCCAAAAGGAGUCACGCAGCUCAGACCAGAUGCCCGUUGAGCCCGCUCCCCGCCGGGCCUUCGGCUGCAGGGGAUGCCCACGCCGUGGCCGAGAUCCUGGUCAUCGACGAGGCCCGCCCCUCCAGCUACGCCUCGGACACCCCAACACCACCACCACCACCGCUACGGCCAGCAGCAGUGGCCCAGCAGCCCAGACGAUCCCCUCUCCCUGCCUCUCUUCCUUCCUCAGGCGGGACCCCUAUGGUCAACCUGAACAUUAACCUGAGCACCUCCAACGGCAGGGACUUCUUCCCCCACACCAGCAGAGAGCAGCACCAGCACCAGCACCAGCACCAGCACCACCAACAGCAGCAGCAGGCCGGCCUCCUAACGCUGGUCCCUCCCGGGGCCCCUCAGUGGGUGCUGAAGCCUCAGGUCCACCCCGUCCAACCUUUCACAGGCUCGGACAGCAGUCCAGGCCACUUCCCACUCCCUCCCCACGCGGCUGGCAUGGGGCAGUGGGCCCUGCUGAUGGCCUCCCCCGGCGCUGCUCCAGGGGCUGGACAGCAGGGCCUAGACAUGCUCAUGCCCCCUGCUGGGGCUCAUCUGUGGGGCCUGAACAGUGAGAGAGUGGCCGUGUGGCAGCCUAAUGCCGACUGGAGCCAGGAGCCUGCUGUGCAGACGCGCGAUCCCUCGCUCAAAUCCAGCCAUUCCACAGGGAGCGUGGGACCCUAUGCUGUGCUGCCCCCUAUUGGCAGGACGGUGGCAGAGGAGGAGCGCGUGGCUGGCGCGGCUCUGGCCGGCGUGGGGACACUCGGCCCCAGGAGCUGCUCUGAUGGGUACCUGGCUCAGCUGGAGAGGCAGAGGCACACAAAGGCACCGGCGGGGUAUAAGGUGUACACACUCAAGGAUUAUAAAAGUAUUAAACACAAUGUGAAGCUUGGAGGUCUUGGACCAAGUAAAGCUGUAACAGAAUCAACUGCAGAGAAAAUGAGACGGCAGAAGCUGUAUUCAGAUGUGAUCCGGCAGCAGAACAAGAGCAUAAGUAGGAUUCCCUUUCUACCGGCUCAGGCAAAGACACAGGCCCCGGAGAGGACUAACAAGGACACGACUCCCAGGACGAAGGCUCUGGAAUAUGCCAGAACUAUCGCAAAGCCGAAAGUGUCACCGAGGCCGAAGCAGGAGGCCCAGGAGACGCAGGCUGUGACUGCCCAGGCGCAGGCGGGCUAUUUGAGCGAGGUGGACAUGGGCCGGCUGACCCUGCUGGAGACCCUGCGCCAGCGGCACGAGCAGGAGAAGCAGGCCGUGGCUCAGCUCAACGCCGUCCACGCCGUUUAACCCGCCGCGGAGGUCGAGCGCAGGUUUGACCAGACGUAUAGGGCUUCGUAAGGGAAAUCUCUGAGCACUUUCUCAUCUUGAGGAGUAUAUUCUUUUACUCAGUCAAAUGAAAUUGCAUUUUUAAAAGUCUUGGCAGUGCAAUCUGCCAUAUUGGAGAGUCUCCAUCAGAACUCUGUUCCUCCAAACACAUGUUGACUGAAUUUUCAAUGAGUUGUCAAGAAGGAGCGAUGGAUGGAAAUCUUGUUAAAAUGUCCAUUCAUGACCUCAAAAUGCAUUCAUCGGAUAGUAUGUUUUAUUCAUAAAUAUUUUGCAAAAAAAAAUUAGCAGUUGGUCAGUGGGUUAAUCCAUGUGACAGACAAGAUUGAGCUCUUAUAAAUUCAGCAUCUAUUGGUAAUGGUUAGCGCUUCAGACAAGAUGAUAACAGAUUGCAUGUGUGCUAAAAAAAUCUACUAAUUAAGCAUUUUUCUCUGUAAGUUGUACUUUAUUAAUGUUUUGAUAUAUGUUGUAUGUACUGUCAUUUUUUCAGGCUCUAUCAAAAUACCUCACAUUUCAUAAGAUCCGUCUAGAGACGAAAAUUGAUUGAAAUAAAGAUCUUUUUUGUAGUUUA